AUGAGAUCCCGAGAGGAGGACAAGGGAAUGUCCGACUUCGAGGGCGACGCUUAUGGUGACGACGCUGCGGACGACGACGAUGACGCACCGGAGGAAACGCAGCCCGAGGCACUGACCACUCGCUGCGGCAGUGCCAAGCCUGCUUUUGGUGUCAAGACCAUCGCCAAGGGUGGCGAACCAACUCGCGGCGCUCCGAAGACCCGUGACCACAUCACGGUGAAGCGUAGCAUAUGGUCGCCGCUUGAGAACACUAUCUUCGUCGCCGCGCGUUGGUUCAUGAAGGACGAGCUCGAGCCUCUCCUCAGGAAGCAAUGCUCUCAGUAUUGGGCUCCCCUCGUGCGUCACAUUGAGAAGGAGAACCCCGGUUGGGUGUGCAACGUGAACGCAGUGCAGAAGCAGUGGCGCAACCUCGUGUUUAUCUACAAGCAGCUCAAGAAGGGGGAGAAGGCGUCAGGUAAGGGUGCGGUGGCGAAGCCACCGUGGUUCCCGUACAUGGAGCUCUUCCAGAACAACCGGGCCGUCGCCAACCCGCAUGCCGUGGACGGCGGCGGCGCGACACAAGUGAAUGUGCCAUCCGGGUCUGCGGUGCCGUCUGCGUCCGCUCCAUGCACUUUUACUCCAACGUUCACAGCCCCGCCUCCACAGAGCACCCCGCCUUCGAAGCGCCCGCGAGUUGCAGAGACGUCCACCAUGGCCGCCGCAAAGUUGGUCUGUGAGACCAUCAAGGGAUGCCACUCGGAUUCGAUAACGAGGCUUGGCGGCCUCGUCUGCGCGUGGAUGCAGCAGGAUGAGCGGAUUGCUCGCGAACGCCUGCAACAAACCUCCCCAGCCCCGCCGUCACGCAACGACGUCCCCGCGGAGGCGGACACCCAGCCUGCUACGAACGCCGCCAAAGGCGGCGGCGAUGGAUGGUUCCGCCGCGAGCAGCCUGGCGAUGCCUCUGCUAACCCGGAUGCGGAAGAGAAGGUGUGGGUCCUCGACGACGCCGAGUAA